CGGUUCGCGGACGGCGUAAACGUCAGUAAUCGCCUGUGAACCGUGCCGUGACGAUCGGAGGCGUCGCGUCGAUCCGAAUCGAAGGAGAUCGCGAAAAUCGCCACCCUCUCACCGCUGACGUAUGUACGAGAUUCGCGCCGGCACUCGGUCCCGGUUGCAUCGACACUGGUUAACGCUCCAAUCGCAAUUUACUUUGGAUAGAAGACAACCGAUUUUUCCGAGACGGAAGUGAAAAAGGAAUAUUAAGGUGGAAUAGUCGCUGUGUGAAUCAGGACGAGCAACCACCCUGAAAAGGCGCUUCAAGGAGACGAUACACUUCUCUCAAGGAAAGCAUCUCGACUAACGCGUCCUGAGUGAUCCAAAGUGCAAUUUCUGUUGGUGAACAGAUUUCGCGACUCAACGGAGAUCGCGCAGAAACGGAGUUGCUCCAGCUGAUAGCCAGCAUCCUAUACACAUACGCACGUACGCUCACACGUGCGUCCGAUUUGCCGGCACACGUACGUGCGGCAGCGCAGGCACUAAUACAGGGACGCGCAUCCCACCACCCUCGUUCGUGAGAACGUAGCAGCGGACCGGCCGAUAAAAUGAAUGAGAAUGAUAAGUCAGUUAAGUGCGAGAACUCCGCCGAGGAGGAGGAGGACGAGAUGUACGAGCGCGAGCUGGCCGAAGACGCGCAGUGGAAGCGGAUACAACAGAACACCUUUACGAGAUGGGCGAACGAGCGACUGAAGGCGAUGAACAAGCACAUCGGAGACCUGGAAUGCGACCUGUCAGACGGUCUCCGACUGGUGAGUCUCAUCGAGGUGCUCUCGCAGAAGCGGUUGCCGAAACACAAUCAGCGGCCCACCUUUCGCUCCCAGAAGCUGGAGAACGUAUCCGUCGCUCUCAAGUUCCUGGAAGACGAGGGCAUCAGGAUUGUCAAUAUCGACUCCUCGGACAUCGUAGACUGCAAAUUGAAAUUAAUCCUUGGCCUAAUAUGGACCUUGAUUCUGCACUAUUCUAUCUCUAUGCCAAUGUGGGACGGCGACGACAGCGAGGACAAGGGCGCAACCCCGAAGCAAAGGCUGAUGCAUUGGAUCCAGUCGAAAGUGCCGGAUUUGCCCAUCACAAAUUUCACCUCCGAUUGGAACGACGGUCGUGCGGUCGGCGCGCUGGUUGAUGCGGUUGCACCUGGUCUCUGCCCAGAUUGGCAGGAUUGGAACCCCAAGGAUGCGAUCCAGAAUGCGUCUGAAGCGAUGGGCCUCGCGGACGAUUGGCUCAAUAUUCCCCAGCUCAUUAAACCCGAGGAGAUGGUGAACCCAAAUAUCGAUGAGAUGUCGAUGAUGACAUACCUGUCGCAAUAUCCCAACGCAAAAUUAAAAUCAGGUGCACCUCUGCGUCCGCGCACAAAUCCGAACAGCAUCCCACCGCCGCGAGUGCGCGCUUAUGGUCCCGGCAUUGAACCAACCGGUCCGAUCGUUGGCGCGCCGGCCAACUUCACCGUGGAAACCUUCUCCGCCGGCAAGGGUAACGUCGACGUCAUCGUUGAUGAUUCUAAAGGAAACAAGCUACCGGUCGAUAUCAGAUUCAACAAGGACAGGAAUCUGACCUACUCGGUGUCGUACACUCCAAAAACCGAGGGUCCGCACAAGAUAAAAGUGCUCUUCGCUGGCAGAGAGAUUCCGAAGAGUCCGUACACCGUCAAUGUCGAAGGACACGCUGGCGAUCCGAGAAAAGUCACGGCGAGCGGACCUGGUCUGCAACCGGAAGGAGUCGUAGUGAACAGACCUGCCUUCUUCGACAUUUUCACGAAGGACGCCGGUCGCGGUGUGCCGGAAGUUAUUAUCUUGGAUCCGCAGGGUAGCAAACCAGCGAUACCGGUGAAAUUGCGCCAGACCUCACCAGACGUCUGGCGAUGCGAGUACGUGUCACCAGUGAUCGGUUUACAUUCCGUCAAUAUUUUCUUUGCCGGGAAGCCCAUACCCGGAAGUCCCGUCGGCGUCAACAUCGCACCCGCCUCCGACGCGAAAAAGUGCAGAGCAUACGGACGAGGAUUGCUGCCGAACGGCGUCCGCGUCCAGGACGUCGCCGAUUUUGUCGUCCUUACUAAAGAUGCUGGUGAAGGUGUGCCGGACAUUCGCGUGAUCGGGCCGGGAGGCGUUAAUCGGCCGGUGCAAAUGAGUACAAUCGACGCUACAACUUACAAAUGUCACUACACACCGGUUAAGGAAGGCCGUCACGUGGUGAUGAUUACAUACGGCGGCAAGGAGAUCCCCAAAUCGCCCUUCGAGGUUAACGUCGGUCCUUACAAGGAGUCCAACAUCAGAGCCUUCGGACCUGGUCUGCACAAUGGUGUCGUCGGCCAUCCGGCGAAAUUCACUGUGGAUACGAACGGUGAGACCGGUGCCCUUGGUUUCUCAAUUGAAGGCCCGUCCAAGGCAAAGAUUGAGUGCAAUGACAAUGGCGACGGAACCGCUGAUGUUUCUUAUCUGCCCACCGCACCGGGUCAGUAUGCAGUCCACAUCCUCUGCGAUAACGAGGACAUCCCCAAGUCGCCUUACAUCGCGACUAUCUCGCCGAAGACUGAUUUCGACCCGGAGAAGGUCGAAGUUCACGGACCAGGAAUUCAGCCGGAAGGUGUUUCCAAAGACAAACCGACGUACUUUACAGUAGAUGCAAGGAAAGCUGGCCAGGCUGCUCUAGAAGUUGCCAUUCAGGAUGCUCUUGGAAGAGAAGUACCGCUCAGAUUAGAAGACAAGCGGGAUGGAACUGUCCAAGCGCACUAUACGCCUACAUCGAGUUCUCAACAUGUUGUCAUGGUGAACUAUGGUGGAGUGGCCACGAAGAAAUCACCAUACAGAGUUAAGAUAGCUUCGCCGUUGAAUCCCGCUAUGGUUUCCGCCUUCGGCCCCGGCCUUGAAAAGGGCGUGAAGUCGAACAGUCCCACGCAUUUUAACAUCGACUGCCGGGAGGCUGGACCUGGUAAACUGGACGUCAAAUUAGUGUCCCCGGAAGGCCGGGAACUUCCGAUUUCGCUGACGGAUAAUGAGGAUGGUACAUACACCGUGGAUUACAUGCCGCCUCAACCAGGAAACUACACGGUGAAUCUUAAUUACGGCGGUCUGAAGGUACCCCAGUGUCCCAUUAAGGUCAACGUUCAGCCGCACGUGGAUGUGUCCAAAGUCAAGGUGGAUGGUUUGGAACCAACGGCCCCGGUGAACAGCCUGCAGCAGUUCCGCGUGAUAACGCAGGAGGCGGGCAGGGCGGCGGACUUCCAGGUGGCGAUCACGGCACCGUCCGGCAACCGCGUCAAGGCGCACGUCGUGCCGACUCACGAGGGCUACCUGGUCAACUUCACGCCCACCGAGCUGGGCGAGUAUCUGCUGGGAAUCAGCUUCGGCGGCGAGCCGAUCUCCAAUCAACCGUACCGGCUCACCUGCGUCCACGGCUCCGAUCCGGGCAAAGUNCGCGCUUCCGGGGCCGGCCUCUCCCACGGCGUGGUGAACAAACCAGCCGAAUUCGUGAUCGACACGCGCGGGGCCGGCCAAGGUGGCCUCGGCGUGACUGUCGAGGGACCUUGCGAGGCCGCCAUAAAUUGCAGGGACAACGGCGACGGCACGUGCUCCGUUGCUUAUUUGCCCACCGAAGCCGGCGAUUACGGUAUCAACAUCACCUUCAACGAGCAGCACGUGCCGGGCUCGCCCUUCCAGGCGAUCGUCGUGCCGGAUGCGGAUCUCUCCAAGAUCAAAGUCAGCGGAAACGGCAUCCAGCCACACGGUUUAUUUGUGAACAAGCAAGCAACGUUCACAAUAGACACGAGAGACAUCGCUAAGUCGAAGACUGAUGACGGUAAAGUGUCUUGCACUAUAAACAACCCCAGUGGAGGAAAAACGGAGAAGCUCAUCAUCCCGCAGGGUGACGGUACUUAUCGCGUCAGUUACACACCUUUCGAGGAGGGCUGUCACACUAUUGAUAUACUCUACGACAACGUGCCCAUUCCGGGUUCGCCGUUCUCCGUAAACGUACAGCGCGGCUCUGAUCCCAGCAAAUGCCGUGCGUACGGUCCAGGACUGGAGAAAGGCAUCGUGAAUAAGACGAACCGCUUCACGGUGGAAACCAAAGAGGCUGGCAACGGCGGCUUGGGGUUAUCGAUCACUGGCGAUGGAGAAGUCAAGGCGGAGGCGAAGGAUAACUAUGACGGUUCCUGCACCGUCGAAUACGUUCCUACGGAACCCGGUGAUUAUGAAAUUGGCAUCAAGUUCGCUGAACAAAACAUACCCGGCUCGCCAUUCAAAGUCGAGGUGAUCUCGGAUUCGGAAGCAAAGAACGUGAUCGCUUACGGACCAGGUUUGCAGCCCGAGAUGGUGCGCGAAGGUGUGCCGGCCAAGUUCACGGUGGACACAUCGAAGUGCGCUAAAGCGGCACAGUUGGACGUUAGAUUGUCGACUGACAAGGGACAGGCGCAGAAGCCGCAGAUCAAAAGCAAAGGCGACGGUUUGUACGAGGUGACGUACCAACCGCCGCCCGCCGGAAGCAACGUGCACAUCGGCGUGACCUACGACGGCGAGGACAUCAAGGGCAGUCCGUACAAGAUAAAAGUCCUGCCUACCGUGGAACCCAACAAAGUCACUCUGUCGGGUCCGGGAGUGUCACAUGUUUGCACCGCUUCCUUCCCUACUGACUUCGUCGUGGAUACUUCUAACGCCGGAUACGGCGAUCUCGAAGUUCAAGUUGUGGGUCCGGAUCAGGUACCGCGCAAGGUGCAGGUGCAGGAUCUCGGUGACGGAAAGUACAAGGCGACGUAUCUGCCGGACGAUUGUGGACGCUACAAGGUCAACGUGAAGUACGGCGGCAAGGAAGUGCCAGGCAGCCCGGUUAACGUGCAGAGCGUCUCCACCGGCAAGGCGGAUCAGUGCAAGAUCAAGGAGGGUAUUCAGCACACAUUGGCUCAGGGCGAGGAGUACUGCAUUACAGUCGAUACUGAAAAUGCAGGCCGUGGUGCAGUGACCUGCCGCAUCCGUUCCACUUCCGGAAGUGAAGUCGUUGACAUUGACAUAGAAGACAACGGUGAUGGCACAGUUAACAUUUACUAUACUGUCGCCGAUGCGGGCGACUACACCCUUAGCGUCAAAUUUGGCGGUCAACCAGUGCCCGAAGGAUUCUACACUUUUACGGCGUCCGAAGAGUACAGGGAACAUAGCACGCAUAAAACUCAACGAGCUCGUAAGACACAACAAAGACAAAAUCAACACGUAGUCGAGCAGCGCAGCACAACCUUGCAGGAAAGCUCCACUGUCACCACAAAGCGCAGUAGCCAGCAGGAGUUAUCGAAGAAGAAUUUCAACGUUAUCCGAUUGAACUCCAUUCCAUUACCUCUCGCGAGUGGUGGCACAGUUAUCUCCGAAGUGAAGAUGCCUAGCGGAAACGUGGAUAAGCCAGUUAUCGAGGACAAUCACGAUGGCACGGUAUCCAUCAAGUACGAGCCGAGGGAAGAGGGCCUCCACGAGAUUUAUGUGAAGUUCAACGGGGAACACGUCCAGGGUUCUCCUUACAAAUUCCAUGUCGAUUCUUUGGCAAGCGGAUAUGUAACGGCGUACGGACCAGGUUUAGUCUACGGUGUGUGCGGCGAACCUGGAAACUUUACCAUCUCAACAAAAGGCGCCGGCGCGGGCGGUCUUUCCCUGGCAGUUGAAGGACCUAGUAAAGCCGAAAUAUGCUGUCACGAUAAUAAGGAUGGCACCGUGUCGGUAUCCUAUCUGCCCACUGCGCCGGGAGAAUAUAAGAUCACCGUUAAGUUUGGCGACAAGCACAUCAAUGGCAGUCCUUUCGUCGCAAAAAUUACAGGCGAGGGCCGCAAGAGGAAUCAGAUCUCCGUAGGUUCCUCCAGCGAGGUGCAGCUACCGGGUAAGGUGUCCGACGCCGAUAUCAAAUCCUUGAACGCAUCGAUCACGGCGCCUAGCGGCCUGGAGGAGCCGUGCUUCCUGAAGCAGAUGCCAAGCGGCAACAUGUGCGUGUCGUUCACGCCCCGCGAGUCUGGAGAGCAUAUAGUGGGCGUGAAGAGGAUGGGCAAGCACAUACCGAAUUCCCCGUUCAAGAUCGACGUGAAGGAUCGGGAGGUCGGUGACGCGAAGAAGGUCCAAGUGGCCGGUCCCGGUUUGAAGGAGGGCAAGACCCACGUUGAGAACAACUUUUCGAUCGACACGAGGAACGCCGGCUUCGGCGGUCUCUCGCUGUCCAUGGAAGGCCCGAGCAAGGCCGAGAUUCAGUGCAAGGACAACGAGGACGGCACCCUGAACAUCUCCUACAAGCCCACCGAGCCCGGCUACUACAUCAUGAACCUGAAGUUCGCGGAUCACCACGUCGAGGGCUCGCCGUUCACCGUGAAGGUCAGCGGCGAGGGCAGCAACCGGCAGAGGGAGAAGAUUCAGAGGCAACGGGAGGCGGUGCCUAUCACCGAGGUCGGCAGCCAGUGCAAGCUGACCUUCAAGAUGCCCGGCGUCACCGCCUUCGAUCUCACCGCCACUGUUACAUCGCCCGGCGGCGUCACCGAGGACGCUGAGAUCAAGGAGGCCGAGGACGGCAUUUACGCGGUCGCGUUCGUGCCCAAAGAGCUGGGCGUGCACACGGUGUCCGUGCGCUACAAGUCCAUGCACAUCCCUGGCUCGCCUUUCCAGUUCACGGUAGGUCCGCUGAGAGAUGGCGGCGCCCACAGGGUUCACGCGGGUGGACCCGGUCUGGAGAGAGGGGAGCAGGGCGAACCUUGCGAAUUCAACAUCUGGACUAGGGAAGCAGGAGCGGGUACUCUCGCUGUCUCCGUCGAGGGACCCAGCAAGGCGCAAAUAGACUUCAAGGAUCGCAAGGAUGGCAGCUGCUACGUUAGCUACGUUGUCAGUGAACCUGGCGAAUACAGGGUGGGAAUCAAGUUCAACGAUCAGCACAUUCCUGAUUCGCCGCACAAGGUUUACAUCUCGCCGGCGAUGGGCGACGCGCACAAGCUCGAAGUCGCGCAGUUCCCCGAGAGCGGAGUGCAGCCCGACAAACCGUACACCUUCCUGGUGCGCAAGAACGGCGCCAAGGGUGAAUUGUUCGCGAAGCUUGUGUCGCCGAGCGGAGUUCAAGACGACUGCUUCAUCCAGAGCAUCGAUACGGAUACGUACUCGGUGAGGUUCAUGCCGACGGAGAAUGGCAUCCACCAGAUCCAUAUCAAGUUCAACGGGGUGCACAUAACGGGUAGCCCGUACCGCAUCAAGGUCGGUAAGGUGGACGCCGAUCCGGCGGCCCUGCACGCCUACGGCAACGGCUUGAAGGAGAUCAAAACUGGUCAGAAGACUGAUUUCAUCAUCGACACCUGUAAUGCGGGCUGCGGUGCAUUGGGUGUUACCGUAGACGGACCUAGCAAGGUUGCCAUGGACUGUACUGAGGUCGAGGAAGGCUAUAAGGUCAGGUAUACGCCUUUGGUGCCAGGCGAUUACUACAUCAGCAUCAAGUACAACGGCUACCACAUCGUGGGCUCGCCUUACAAGGUUUCUUGCACAGGUGCGGAUUUGGCAGAAAGAGGCGCGCAAGAGACGAGUUCGAUCGUUGUCGAGACCGUGCAGAAGAUAUCCAAAUCUAAGCAGGUUGGACCCGUACUGCCAUUAUUCAAGUCCGACGCGAGCAAAGUGACGAGUAAAGGCAUGGGUCUUAAGAAAGCUUAUUUAGGAAAGCAAAAUCAGUUCACCGUUAGCGCAGGAGAUGCCGGUAACAAUAUUCUGUUUGUCGGCGUAUACGGACCCAAAGGACCAUGCGAGGAAGUAUUUGUAAAGCACACGGGACGCAAUAAUUACAACGUGAGUUACUUAGUACGCGAACGGGGCGAAUACAUCGUGAUCGUGAAAUGGGGCGAUGAUCACAUCCCCGGCUCGCCUUACAAGGUCGAAGUUUAAGCCGAAUCAGCAUCCAGACAUCGAGCAACACGUUUGUGACAACGCAAAAUGGAGCCAUCCUUCGUUUCAGUAUAAACUAGACAGUCUUGAAGCAUCCAACUUCGCCAAAAUAAAAACGAAUUAUGUGCCAAACGAGAUUUUCGGUCGUACUUACAAUCGUAAAUCGAUAUUGGCGAAACAAGAUGUAUUUCGUCACAUUUUUCGAACACUCCAGUUUACGUCGAAACGAUGGAUUGCUCGAUCUUUAGAAUAACAGUUUUAUCCAGGGGACAAUUAUAUCGACGCCAACGAUAAAAUCACGAUGGCUUCUUGCCGACAUAGUUAAUUCGCUCACCCUUUCAAAAUUCUACGGAUUUUGAUGAUUUUUGUUGAGUCCGAGAUAGUAGAGUCGCGAAUAGAAGCGAUAAAUAUUAAAUCAACGAUAAAAACAAAUACGUAGGUCAAUUACACGUUCGUUCAAAAAACACCAAUUGUGCCUUUUGAUUCGACGCAAGAAUAUUUACAUGUACACAUAUACUUAACACGUACACAUACAAAGACACACGUAAAAACGCGUCAUGGUCACCCAAGUCAGAUCCUAAUUAUGUUAUAUUAUGUUAUAUAUUAUCGGUUACUAAGUAUAGAUUAAAUAUACUACAAUUGAUUAUUAUAAUAAUGAUAUAGAAGUUAAAUAAAUAAUAUAUUUA